AUGAAACAUUUAUUCUCAACGUUUCCUCUUGUGUUCUUCUUCUUAUUCUUUUUGCAGUGCACUCCAGCUCUUUCUCAGAGUCCUGCACCGGCUCCUUCACCUCCGGCGCCAGUUCCUGUAACUCCACUGCCGGCUCCUGUACCUCCGCCGCCGGCUCCUGUACCUCCAGCACUGGUUCCUGUACUUCCCGGUCCCACCAACAUCAUUGCUAUUCUUGGAAAAGCCAAGCAAUACACGUCAUUUAUUCGACUCCUAAAAACCACCCAAUUGGCUGAUCAACUCAAUUCACAGCUUGACAACUCAAACCAAGGUUUCACAAUAUUUGCUCCAACUGAUGUUGCAUUCAGUAACCUCAAACAAGGCAUGUUAAACUCUCUUACAGAUCAACAGAAAAUCCAGCUUAUUCAAUUCCACGUCCUACCUUCAUUUUUCUCCGUCUCCCAAUUCCAAACCGCAAGCAAUCCACUAAGAACACAAGUUGGUAAUGACGAACAAUUUCCGCUCAAUGUCACUACAACUGGGAAUCAGGUGAACAUAACAACCGAUACGGUUAAUGCAACAGUGGCGACUCCUGCACCAUUAAAACCCAAAAAACUCCCGGCUUCAAAUCCUCCCCCAUCUGAUGAUACUACUCCUGUCAAAACUUCUGAUGGAAUUCAUCUGUCCCAACAUGCAUUGCGUUCAAUAUCCAGUAUCGUCCUUGUUUUGGCAGCAUUUGUUUGA